UUUCUGGGCUCGGCGUCAGUUACACUGCAGUACCGCCAGUCCCCUCGGUGUACAUGGGAUGGCGUGCUUUCCAACCGGAACCCUGGCCACUUGGGUUUUCACUCAUGCUACACAGAAAUGGCGGAGAAUACUGUGACGGUCACUGUUGCUUACGGUUCUACGAAGCACAGCAUCACGGUAACUGGGCUGGACGGGAACGAACCGAUACUGAAGGACCUUUCUGAUGCUCUCGUUCAGGUUACCGGGGUCCCGAUGCCUGCACAGAAGCUCAUCUUUAAAGGGAAGUCACUGAAGGAGAUGGAGGAGAGUCUGUCCAGCUUUGGAAUCAAACAGGGAUGUAAACUCAUGAUGAUUGGGAAGAGGAACAGCCCAGAGGAGGAGUCCGAGCUGAAGAAGUUGAAGGACAUUGAGAAGUCAGUAGAACAGACGGCUAAGAAACUGGAGAAGGUGGAUGGAGAGCUGGCAGGCCUGAAGAAUGGGUUCCUAGCUAAAGACCUGCAGGCUGAGGCGCUGGGGAGAUUGGACCAAAGAGUGAAGGUGGCAUCUGAACAGUUCAUGAAGAUUCUAGAGCAGGUGGACUCUAUGACUUUACCAGAGAACUUUGGUGACUGUCGGAUGAAGAAAAAGGGCCUAGUAAAAACAGUUCAGGGAUUCCUGGCUCAGUGUGACAAGAUAGAAGCAGGGAUUUUAGACCACUUGGCUAAGAUCCAGUCUAAGAACCUGGCCCUGGCAGAUUCUUAGAUCUACUAGUUGACAGAGAUCUACUGGGUCACCAUCUGGGAUCUGCCAUCAUGUCCAUCCCUCUGCUGCUCCACAUCUCUCCAUCUGCCCUGGUCUCCACUGGGUCACCAUCUGGGAUCUGGGGAAAUCCAUUUGAUUUCAAUGACCUUUUGACAGCAUCCCUUUCGAUUUGAACAAAACCUUCCAUACGUAUUUGCCCAUUUUAGAAGUGGUCAGAAAGUGACUUUCGGGACCUGAAUGCCAAAACAUCGAAGACAUAAAGGUGCUCAAAAGUUGACCUAUUAGAAUGUAUGACACCCAUUCUGUAUUCAAGAGCACGUUGUGUCUCAGCCGAUGGCGGCCACAACACAACCUCAGAUGAUGUGAAAUAGGGUCUAAGCUACAACAUGUGAAUAUGAAAAAGAGUUUACACUUUGUUAGAUCAUUUAUGUUAAAGCUUAAAUAUUGUCCACAUUUUUAUUCAAACAUAUUUUUUUCAAGAAAUGAUUAAAUGGUAUGACGACCCUG